AUGCGACGAACGUUGUUUCCUGCGACCCUGCCCUUUGACCGACCACCCGCUCGUCUGGACCAGCUUGAAGCACGUGGCCGUACUCCGUUCUAUGUCCUUGCAUGGCGAAUUCCGUUCAUGGAUCUUGCCCUGUUCCCCAGAGAAUACAGAGGCAUCGGCGAAUGGUAUAACAACGAAUGGUAUGCGACGAAGCAGAAGCAUGGCAUCAAGCAACAACUGCGAGAGCCAUACGUUCAGGACCGCGUCCGCCCCGGCGACAAGGAUGACGACGUAAUAUACUUUAUCAUUGCCACCAACCGCCGCAAAUCCGACCUCACUCCAGACUCACUCGAUAUUCACGUUGCGAAGGAGCCGCUCCUGGACGUCUACGAGCCAAUGGACAAUCCAGACGUGCAACUAGGCGAUCCUAUAUGGUACCGCGUUGGGUCAUUUGAGGAUCAAGUGCUAUCAACCACUGCUUGA